AAAAGGGGCGGUAUCAAGACCUUUAAAUAGCAGCAGAGAGACUCAACGCUGCUCUUUAUUUGCACAGCAUAGGAAGAACACACAACGGCAAGAUAAAUCUUUUCUAGAAGCUCUUCUAAAGGAUAACAUCUUUCAGUCAGAAUGCUGUACCUGAUUAUGUUGGUCAUCUCUGCCCUUUGUGGGACAAGCUUGUGCAACCUCAUUCAGGAGCAACAGACAGAUUUUGGGCUACGGGUCUUCUCUGAAGCCAUCCAGUCUUCUCCGGACAGAAACCUGGCUCUUUCUCCCUUUGGCAUCUCCUCGGUGCUUGGCUUGGCUCAACUAGGUGCCUAUGGUAGCACCCUUCAAAUGCUCACCUCCAAGAUGGGCUACUCAUUGCAAGAUCGAGGAAUGCCAAAGCGACAGAGGCUUCUUCAGAGAGAUCUGGCCAGUGAAGUGGGGGUAGAGGUGGCCAGUGGUGUCAUAGUUGACAGGAAAAUAGUCUUGGAAAAGGUCUUUAGGCACAGCCUGGCCAAAGCCUUCCAGAGCGUCCCAAAACAAGUAGACUUCAGCCAGCCUGAGAAUGCCCGACAGGUGAUCAACUCCUGGACAUCUGAUCACACUGAUGGAAUGAUUCCUAACUUUCUUCAAUCUGGGGUGCUGAGUGAGCAGACACGAUUAGUCCUUUUGAAUGCUCUUCACUUCCAUGGGGUCUGGAAGACGCCCUUUGAUCCCAGACUGACUGUGGAACAGCUCUUCCACAGAGUCAAUGGCAGUGCAGUGUCUGUUCCAAUGAUGAGAAUUACUAAAAAAUUUAACUAUGGUGACUUUGUGACUGGGGAUGGUGUGGACUAUGAUGUAAUUGAGGUGCCUUAUGAAGGGGAAUCAUUAAGCAUGCUUCUGGUGACUCCAUUUGAGAGGGAUGUGCCUCUGUUGGCUUUGAACAAAGAGCUGAGCAGCAGCAGGAUUACUGAAUGGAGAAAAGAGAUGAGAAGGGUUAACAAACAACUGGCCAUUCCAAGGUUCUCUAUGGAUUCAGAAAUUGACCUGAAGUCCACACUAAGCAAAAUGGGUCUUGGAGACAUCUUUAUCCAGAGCAAAGCAGAUUUCUCUCGUAUUACCACUGAGGAGCCUUUAUGUGUAUCCAAAGUCCUACACAGAGUCAAAAUUGAGGUAAACGAAGAAGGAACCAAAGGCUCAUCUGCCACAGCGGCAGUCAUCUAUUCUCGAAUGGCUGUAGAAGAGAUCACACUGGAUCGGCCAUUCUAUUUCCUCAUUCAGCACAAGCCUACAGGUGCACUGUUAUUCACGGGUCAAGUUAACCAGCCUCAUGAAUAUUAACUAACCACGGAUGUGCCUGAAGUAAUCAUAUGAGCAGAAGGACCAAGAAAACUGCCACAGAUUAGCAGACAACAUACUACUGAAGACAAGAGAUGCUUGGAUUUCUAUUCCUACUGUAAAUUAAAUGAAAACCCCUAAUUACAUGUAUGUAAUGUUUUACUGGUUUAAAGUUCAAAACGUCCAUAAUAACUUACAAACGAGGUUACACACACAGGCCAGUGCUGUUGUGGAGGGCACUUCUUGGCUCUAAAAAGAAAACAUGGCUUGUUGAAGGUCAGCAUAUGUCUGAGGGUCUAAGAGUACAAUUUAACAAACAUCAAUGUAAAGCCUCUGCAGAACAAAGAUGAGGGUUUUACACGCACUUACAAUUUGAAGAAAUUAUUAUUAUAUAUGUUUUGUUUAUUUUAUAGGGAUAGAAU